AUGGCUCGCAAGUUCUUCGUCGGCGGCAACUUCAAGAUGAACGGCUCCAAGUCGUCCAUCAAGGAGAUUGUCGAUAACCUCAACAACGCUGAUCUCGACAAGAACGCUGGUUCGUCAUUCUUCUGUUCCUCUGCCCUGCCCUGCCCUGCCCUGCCCUGCCCUGCCCUGCCCUGCCCCGCGCAUCAUCCCAGUUUCUCAACAGAACCCCUCACUCGUUUUACUAGAGCGACAUGGACUAACACGCUCUCAGAGGUUGUUGUUUCUCCUCCCGCCCUCUACCUCCCUCUCGUCCGUGAGACCCUGCGCAAGGACAUCGAGGUCGCCGCCCAGAACGUCUUCAACAAGCCCAACGGUGCCUUCACCGGCGAGAUCUCCGUCUCCCAGCUCAAGGACAGCGACAUCAACUGGGUCAUCCUCGGCCACUCUGAGCGUCGUGAGAUUCUCGGCGAGUCUGACGAGACCAUCUCCUCCAAGACCAAGUACGCCACUGAGAACGGCCUCAAGGUCAUCUGGUGCUGCGGCGAGACCCUCGAGACCCGUGAGGCCGGCAAGACCAUCGACUUUGUCUCUAAGCAGCUCGAGUCCCUCAAGUCCCAGAUCUCCGACUGGUCCAACAUUGUCAUCGCCUACGAGCCCAUCUGGGCUAUCGGCACUGGCAAGGUUGCUACCACUGAGCAGGCUCAGGAGGUCCACAAGGCUAUCCGUGACCUUCUCCGUGGUAUCAGCGACAAGGUUGCUGACGAGACCCGAAUCCUCUACGGCGGCAGUGUCAACGAGAAGAACUGCGGCGAGCUCUCCAAGCAGCCCGACAUUGACGGUUUCCUCGUUGGCGGUGCUUCUCUUAAGCCUGCUUUCGUCGACAUCAUCAACGCUACCAAGCAGUAA